UAUUACAAUGUUCUUGCAUUAUCCGACCGAGUGUAGGACCACUCAGUGCCUCAAUAUGAUGUAUUACGUACUAUUGGGUUUCGUCACCAUCGCGGCCGCCUACCCCGGCAUCAUCCACCAGCAGGAGGAGCCGAUAGAGCACCAGGCCCUCAUCGGGGAGUCCGGACACCACCACCAUGUGGAGCACGAGCACGCCAAGUCCCACCAGUCCAUCAAGUUCGAGCACUUCCAUCCAGUACCAGUAUACGUGAAAAAGGAGCACAGCCAUCUCCUCCACCAUCCGCUCGAAAAGGGAAAAUCCGAGCUUGAACUGAAGCAGAUUCAUCCCGAGACUCAACACAACCACGGCGGCGGCCUGGUAUUGGAGGACCACAGGCUGGACACCGAGCACCUCGCCAGCUACGGCCACGAGGGUCUCGGUCACGGCAUCGGGUUGGAGCACGGUCUGGAGGGUGGUUUCGAGCAGCAGCUUGGGCACGGGUUAGAACAGGGAGGCUACGAGCAUGGAGGAUAUGAGCAGUUCGCCGGUAGCUACGGCGGCGAGGGCAUCAAGGCCUACGGUGAAUUAGAACACGCUGAGCCCCAAGGCAACUACUACGAGCAAGGAAGCAGCGGGGAAUACAACUACCAGCAUUAGAGUUAAGACUAAAGGUAAAAGUUGGAAGCUGACUACAUGAAGCGUCAGCAGACGACGUGUCAUCGCGACACUACUGGUUUCUAUGUAUUUCUAU